AUGCACAUUUGCUGCUUAGACCGGCACUCCAUAGUAUAUUCUCUAUUUCGAAACUGUCGAAUUCCCGUGUCUACACUGAUAGAGGGAAUUCUACUUCUUACAUCACUUCUGAAGAUGAGUGUUGAUGAACAUGAUGGCGUCUCAAUAGAUUCAAGAGAUAUAGAGAACGCUCACAUAGAUGUCAAUGAUAAGUCUGAGAUAUUGAUUCCUAGUAGUAAUUUCGACGAUGACGACGGGAAAUACGGCGAACUCAUUUUACUUGGGUAUAAUGGCAGUCAGGAUAGUCGAGCAACGGUGCCGCUCAAACGUCACCGUACGAAAAUGACGUUGAUGCGGCGAAAAAAUGGUAAUGGAAUCAAGAAAGGAUCAGUGUCACAAGUAAACGUUGCUGCGAAAGAUGCACCAGCAGUUUUGGACAAAAACCGCCAUGUCGUCUCAUAUUCUUAUGGAAAGAACCAGACUGUUUUGGUUGAAUACGUAGCUGACCCGUUUAAGGACAUGUUUCAGAUUGGUCGUUCUUCUGAAGAGCAAAUAGAUUUUACAAUUGUCGACACAUGGCUGGCAUCAGGCUCACAACUCGCUUCAUCAUCAGGUGGCCCCGGCCAGCCUAAAACAAGGGCUGGAAGCGAUCCGCAUAAGAUGAUUUCAUCAACCAUAAGUCGAUACGCUUGCCGAAUCAUUAUCGAUCGUGAGAACUAUGAUAAAGCGUUCCUUUAUGCUGCUGGAUUUGAUUCUGUGAAGAACAUUUUCCUUGGGGAAAAAGCGACAAAAUGGAUGAAACGAAACGGGGAGAUGGAUGGUCUGACGACAAAUGGGAUUUUGAUUCUACAUCCGAAUAGGAACACUGAGGAGCUGUCGGAAGAUGACGUUCCUCCCAUGUACGUAUGGCGGGAAGUUUCUGUUGAUGGUGAUAUCUAUACUUUGCGUGAAACACGAAGUAGCAAUGCCAGAGGUGCACUAGUACCAGAGGAGACAAAUAUGUUACAGGAUGGCACUCUAAUUGAUCUAUGUGGCGCGACAUUGCUUUGGAGGACGGCGGACGGAUUGCGAAAGUCGCCCACCGCUCAGGAAUUAGAAAUGGCACUGGAUAGACUAAAUGCGGGAAAACCUCAAUGCCCAGUGAACCUAAACACCCUUAUUAUUCCUAAGAAAAAGAGUUCUAAAGGUGGAGGAAGCAGACAGCCUUACGUAUACCUUCGUUGUGGUCAUGUACAAGGAAAGCAUGAAUGGGGUCAUCACGCGUUGUCCAAUGGCCAACAGUCAUAUAAGUGUCCGAUAUGUUUGGCGGAAAGUGAAAGAGUUAUUCAGCUUACAAUGGGAAUGGAAUCAUCCUUCCAUUUGGAUUCUGGAAAUCUUGAUUAUGCUUUCAACCCAUGCGGUCAUGUAGCCAGUCUUAAUACAGUCAGAUUUUGGUCUCGGAUACCACUUCCUCACGGCACCAACAGUUUCCAUCCUGACAGAAAGAGCAUCAAAAUUUUCCCUAGGCAACUCCGUGAAGAAAUAUGGCCAGGCGAUCUUCUCGACAUGGAUAUCACGAAAUCGCUGCGGCGAAUUCUAGACAGUAUUCCUGGAACGAGCUCAAUUUUUCUCACUGAUCGAGAUGGUGUCAUAGUCUUGAGCAUAGGUGAAGAGCUACGGUCAAGAGCUUCUUUGAUAUCAAGUCUACAAGCCACCCAAGACCAGACUGGAAAACUUGUCAUGGGAGCUCAUCGUGCCUCGGCAUUUUUUUAUGAAACUAGCCAGCUUGUCAUCCUGAAUGUCCCUCCACUAACAGCAUUUAUCGUGGCAUUACCAAGCGCCAAUACUGGAAUGCUUCUUAAAUUACGAGAGCAGUUGGAGCCAUUAGUACAGGAAAUAGAAGGCAUUGCCCCGGAAAUACCGAGCUGCAAUAAGUCUAAUUGA